AUGCCGAAACCGGAAGCGUCCCAGAUAGAAGUUGCCUCCUCAAUCGACGACAGCACCGCUGUCAAAGAUUUGAGUGAUGAGGACGACGAAGUGGGCUUCUCCCAGCCAGAAACGAAGAUACUUCUGCGCAAACUCGAUGGCACGCUCCUGCCGUUCCUAUCCUUGCUUUAUCUCCUGUCCUUCCUUGACAGAGCCAACAUCGGAAACGCCAAGCUCGCCGGUCUCGAAGCCGAUCUCAACAUGGAAGGGUACGACUAUAGUAUCGCCGUCGCCAUCUUCUUUCCCUUUUACGUCAUUGCCGAGAUCCCCUCCAACAUGGCCAUGAAGCGCUUCCGGCCGUCAAUCUGGAUCCCCAGCAUCAUGGUCGUCUGGGGCUUCAUGACCAUUAUGCUGGGCGUCGUCAAGUCCUUUGGCGGGCUGCUCGCCGUGCGAAGUCUUCUGGGCCUUGCCGAGGGUGGCCUCUUCCCCGGCAUCACGUACUACAUCACCAUGUGGUACCGCCGCCACGAGUGCGGCCUGCGCAUGGCCAUCUUCUUCUCGGCAGCGACGGCCGCAGGCGCCUUUGGCGGCCUGCUGGCCCGCGGCAUCAUGGAGAUGAAGGGCGUCGGUGGCCUGAGCGGCUGGAACUGGAUCUUUAUCCUCGAAGGUCUGGCUACGUUUGUUGUCGCUCUCAUCGCCUACCGCGUCAUGCACGACUACCCCGAAACUGUCAAGUUCCUCAACCCCGAGCAGAAGAAAGAAGUUGUCCGACGACUCAAGCAAGAUCGGUCGGCCUUGUCCAACGAGUUCAAGCUCUCUCUGGCCAAAGACGCCCUUAAAGAUUGGAAAAUCUGGGUCCACAUGCUCAUCACCAUUGGCAUUUACAUUCCGCUCUACUCCAUCUCCGUGUUUCUGCCCACCAUUGUCAAAGGACUGGGCUAUACAAGCGAGGUUGCACAGCUCAUGUCUGUGCCCCCGUAUGCCGUAGCCUGUCUCUUCACCGUUGGUGGAGGGUUUCUCGCAGAUCGCCAUGGCCAGCGCGGCAUCUACAUGAUUGGCUUUAACCUCAUCGCGAUUUUAGGAUUUGCACUGCUCGCUGCCGUCCAAAGCCACGGCGUCAAGUACUUUGCAUGCUUCCUUGUGACGGUUGGCGUCUACCCCAACGUGCCACAGGGUGUCGCCUGGAACGGCAACAAUAUCGGCGGAUCCCUGAAGCGAGCCGUGGGGAUCGCCAUGCAUGUGGGCUUUGGCAAUCUGGGUGGUGCGGUGUCGGGGUUCGUGUUUCGGCAGGUUGAGGCCCCACGGUAUCUUUCUGGGCAUUUGGCGUUAGUCGGGACAUUGUCCAUGAGUCUAGUGCUCACGAUAUUCAUGACCAUAUAUCUCCGGCGGGAGAACGCCCGAAGGGACGCCCAGCAUAAGCCACUGGCGGAAUACACGCAUGAGGAGAAGCUAAGGGAGAGCGAGAUGGGCGACAACGCCACAUUCUUCCGCUACACGGUGUAG